CAAUCAGAAAGCAGUUUAGAUUUUCCAGCUCUGCAUGCUGUCUACCCACAUGGGUUCAAUGUUGACUUGAUGCUACGGAGUAAAAACAGCCAUAGCAGUUAUUUAUUUAGAUAAAGCUGCUCGUAACGCACCAGUAUGUCUUCUUCAUUCUUUAUAAAGUCAAACGUUGCCUCCCAGUCGGCAAAAAAGGGGAAAAAUACAGCAGGACUCAAACGAAAGGUUGGUGGUGGUGCAGAUGGGAAGAAUAAAUUACGAGCAAAGAAACCGAGCAACAAACACAACGAGGAGAUUUCCAGCGAGUCUGAAACAGAAGGCCCCCCAGUAUCAAAGAAGAGGCAACCCAAACAAGAUGUUGGUUAUGACGAAACUCCCCAGGAGAAGAAGCUCAGAUUAGCCAAACUUUACCUGGAACAGCUAAAGGAUGAGGAGGAAAAGAAAGCAGAAGAUGAACCCUUGGAGACGGAGCUGAUCGCUGGAAGACUUCAAGAAGAAGUGCUUGAACAGCAGGGAAAACUCCAACGGUUUAUUGCCAAAGAGCUCAUCGCUCCAGAUCCAACAGACAUCCGGGUGUUAAGAGGACACAAGCUUCCCAUUACUUGCCUGGUCUUAACCCCUGAUGACAAGUUCAUCUUUUCUGCUGCCAAAGACUGCUCCAUCAUCAAAUGGGAUAUUGCUAGUGGCAAGAAGGUGCACAAAAUACCAGGUGGCAGGAAGGGGACGGAGGAACGCCACGUCGGACAUACUGCUCACAUUCUGUGUAUGGCCGUUUCAUCUGAUGGGAAAUACCUGGCCUCUGGAGACAUGAACAAACUCAUCAUGAUUUGGGAGGGAGACACUUGUAAACAUCUGUAUAAAUUUACAGGACAUAAAGCUCCCGUGUCGGGUCUGUCAUUCAGGAAGGGAACUCACGAUUUGUACAGUGCUUCUCACGAUCGCUCAGUCAAAGUGUGGAACGUGGAUGAGAACGCUUAUGUAGAAACCCUUUUUGGUCAUCAGGACGCCAUCACCGGACUGGACUGUUUGAGCCGUGAGCGUUGUGUGACGGCUGGGGGGCGGGACGGCACCGUCAGAGUGUGGAAGAUAGCAGAGGAGUCUCAGCUGGUGUUUCACGGACACGAAGGGUCGAUCGACUGCAUCCAGCUGAUAAACGAGGAGCACAUGAUAACGGGAGCAGACGACGGCUCUGUGUCUCUUUGGAGCGUCAACAAGAAGAAGCCUCUCAGCACCGUGAAGCAGGCUCACGGUUGUCAUGGCGACGCGGGGCUGGAGCAGCCGCACUGGGUGUCCUCUGUAGCGGCCCUUCAGAACUCGGAUACUGUUGCCUCAGGUGCCUCUGGCUGUUCUCACAACUCACUGGUGAACGUGUGGAAAUGCGGCCAGCAUUAUCGUGGGCUAGAGCUUUUGUUUAGCGUGGCGGUGCCUGGUUUUGUCAACAGUCUAAAGUUUUCCAGCUCUGGUCAUUUUCUGGUGGCGGGAGUUGGGCAGGAGCACAGGUUGGGUCGAUGGUGGAGACUAAAGGAAGCCAAAAACGGAAUCUUCAUAAUUCCUCUGAAAAGAAAACCAAAUUCAGAGGAACCCAACUCAACCCAAUAAUGAAGAGUUUUGUAUUUUAGGUUUAAAAGAUGUACUUUUUAUUUCAAAUCUUCAACAGUUUAUUUGAGACUCUGUACUUUUUAUUUUCUAAAUAAACAAAUGCAACAUC